UCUUCGUUGUGACGUCAGUGCGAACAUGGCGCUCGCUUCGGUCAGGAGUUGCUUCGCGUCCUUCGCGUUUCUCAGCAGACGUGUGGCGUCGCCGCAGAUUCAAGCGGUUUGCUGCUACGACAAGAAAGUGGUGGAUCACUACGAGAACCCAAGAAACGUCGGAACGUUGGAUAAGACUGCCAAGAAUGUGGGGACCGGUUUAGUGGGAGCACCUGCCUGCGGCGAUGUCAUGAGACUGCAGAUCAAGGUUGACGAGAAAGGAAAGAUAGUGGACGCCAGGUUCAAAACGUUCGGCUGCGGAUCAGCCAUCGCUUCGAGUUCCCUGGCCACGGAAUGGGUCAAAGGCAAAUCUAUUGAUGAAGCCCUCGACAUCAAGAACACUGAUAUCGCCAAGGAGCUGUGUCUCCCACCGGUGAAGCUUCACUGCUCUAUGCUCGCAGAGGACGCCAUCAAGGCCGCUCUGGCCGACUACAAACUCAAACAGAAAGACGAGGAGAAAGUGGCCGAGGCCAGAAAUUAAACCAUACUCUUUUAAUCUUUCUCAAAGCAGGCUUGAUGUCUUCACGUAAUUUACACACACACUGUGCUGCCUGGAAAAAAACAUGCUUGUGGCAUGACAUCAUCAUCCUGAUCUACUGCUGAAUAUGUAGACGCUCUGCUAAGAGUUUUCAAAUAAGGUUACGUGUGCCUUAUGAUAUCUGUGAGCUGACGAGAGGAGGCUUUUUAAAUUAAUAAUUAUGUUAUUAGUAUUUCAGAGCUGUGUGAAAGGGUGGGUGGGUUUCUCGUAAUGUCUUUCUGAAUCACGCACAAAGAUGAAAGCCUUUGGUCUGGUCAUGUUUUUUUUUUUUUUUUUUAUGCAGACAGACAAAGAUUAAUCCAUGGAGCAAUCAAGUAUCCAGGGAGUCAUUAAAAAACUAGAAAUAUAAACAAUUUGACUCCCACAGAUUCCGAAUAUAUUGUAUUUUUUUUUAUAUCUCUAAUACAAGGAAUCAGGCUGGAAGUGACUUGUUAAAAAUGUAUAUUUGUUUAUAUUAAAUGUCCUGUAAAAAUGGCAGUUAUCGAUAUGCAAUUAUACACGCACAAACUAAUCCAAACAAUCCAAUGACAUGUUGUACUGUUUAAGCUUAAUAAAGUUGUAAAUAAUUGACAGGAAA